AUGGACAAGAGGGACAAGUACAGAGCAGGGGCCGCCGGUCGGACGCCCUCUUCUCGCCCUCCCAACCUUCCGACCCCCAAGCCCCCAGGGUCUCCACGACCCCCUCCCCCCGUAACCAGCGCGGCUCUUCGAGUUCUGGGAGCAGCGGGAGCUUCAGGGCGAGGGCCUCUGGCAGAGCGAGCCGGGGGCAGCCGGGGAGCCGCUCUCCCGGAGGCUACUCUCCGGGGGGGGCCACCGCGGAGUGCUGGGACAGGCCCCCGGAGCCCAGCCUCCAGGCCCCCAGCAGCUGGGAGAGGGGAGCGGGCCCCUGCGAAGACCCCAGGCCCAGGCUGUAUCUCUAGCUCGGGGCAUGCCAGCGGGCCCACCAGGCCAGGCCCUCUUGGGCAGAAGGGGCUCCGGCCCCCAGCUGAGGAACCUGUGGCCAGAGGAAAAGCCCCUGAAGGGCCCAGAAGGAGCGCCCUGAGCGCUGGGGCACGGAGAGACUCUUCUGGGUCCACUCCAGCCGUCUCCUCCUCGGCCAUCUCCCGUCGAUCCCGGGCUGCGGGCGCUGAGGUGGGUGUCCCCCGGGCAGCUCCGAGUGCCCGGCCCCGGCCCCCGACCGAGGCUUCCAGGAAAUCAGUGAGCAGUGCUCCAGAGCGCAGCGCCGCGGAGCCGAGUCCUGCCACCAGGAGGCGACCCAGCGCCGGCGGGGGCCUCCAGAGGCCAACCUUGCGCCCCCUGGGCUCCAGCGCCACUCCUCUGUCCUCCCCAGCCCGCUCCGGGGCUUCCCCGGCUGGAACACCCCGGGCUCUGGGGCAUCCCUCGCAGCCCAAGUCCAGAGGACUGCAGGCUCUACGCCCCCCGCAGGCCACACCCCCAAGGAAGGGCGCAGUCCCCGCACAGGGCUUUUCUCCUCCUUUGGCCACCUCCUCCCUACCCUGUCCUAUUGCACCGCCUUCCCAUAUCACAGCCACUCCCUUGAGGGGCUCGCUCCCUCCAUCUCCACCGACCACGCCCCCUCCCCAGGCCCGUAUCCACCCAUUGGCCACGCCCCCUCCACUAGCCCCUCCUCCCUCUGCUCCACCCUCUCUGCAGACCCUCCCCUCUCCACCGGCCACACCUCCUUUGCAAGCUCCCCCCGCACAUCUGGGUACAUCUUUUCCGGAGGUAUCCGCCUCUCCCUUGGCCACGGCCACUUUUCUGACUUCAGUCCCUCCAUCAGUUUCACCCGCUCUGCAGAGUAUGCCCACCACCGAAGCGUCUUUGGCUUUACCUCCUUUUCCAGCUCUCCCCUCUCCCUUGGCCACACCUCCUUUGUCGGGUCCUCUGCCACCAGCCACUGCCCCUCUACAAGCCCCUCUAUCUCAAGCAACAUCUCUGAGGAGCCCGUCUUCUUCUCUAACCACACCACCUCUUCAGGCUCCUGCUCUGCCCACGGCCCCUCCGCAGGCCGGUCCUUCUCUGUCUCCACCUCUUCAGGCCACGCCUUAUACACUGGCCACGCCUCCCACACAGGACCCUUCUCUGGCCACAUCCCCUCCACAGACCUCUCCCCCUUCCUCUCUUCUGACCACACUCUCUCUGCCAGGUGCUCCUCCUCUAGGCUCACCCUCUCCCCUGGCCACGCCUCUGGCCGCUCCCCCUCUACAGGCCACCCCUCCUAUACAGACACCAUCUCUGGCCUCACUGCCUCUGCAGGCCCCUCUUCCACUGGCCGUGCCCCCCACACACACUCCACCUUCUCUGGCCGCGCCUCCCUUUCAGGCCGCUCCCUCUCCUCAGAGCUUGCCUCCUCUGCAGGCUCCACCUCCUCUGUCCUCGCUCCCUCUGCAGGCCCCUCUCUCUCCCCCUGCUUCACCCCCUCUGCAAGACCUUCCCUCUCCCCUGGCCACGCCCCCUCCGCGGGCUCCACAUUCUCUGGCCUCACCUCCUCUGCAGGCCCCUCCCUCUCCCCCCGCUUCACCCCCUCUGCAAGUUCCUCCCUCUCCCCCUGCUUCACCUCCUCUGCAAGACCCUCCCCUUCCCCUGGCCACACCCCCUCCGCGGGCUCCACCUUCCCUGGCCUUGACCGCUUUGCAGACCCCUCCCUCUCCCCCUGCCUCACCCCCUCUGCAAGCCCCACGCCGCCCCCCAACCCCGGGUCCCGAUGCCCCAAUCUCGGGCCCACGGCUGACCCUGGCGCUGGCCCCGGGCCCACCGCCGCCACCAUCGCGCAGCCCGUCCAGUACGCUGAGCGGCCCGGACCUGGCGGGCCACAGCAGCAGCGCCACGAGCACGCCCGAAGAGCUGCGCGGCUACGACAGUGGGCCCGAGGGCGGCGCCACAACCUCCCCACCCGCCGAUGCGGAGCUCGCCGCCUGCCACCCGGCCGCCUGGAGCCGAGGUUCCACUCCGCCGCUGGCCAUCCGCGGCACCUCAGGAGCGCCCCUGCCUUGGUCUCCUGCUGCCGGGUCGGGCUCUGCUGACGGCUUGUGCACCAUCUACGAGGCUGAAGGGCCCGAGUCGUCGGCGACUCCCGCCACAGGCGCGCUGGAUCCGGGGCCCGGGCCUUGCGCGGGCGGUGGGAAGGCGGCGGCUGGGGCUGGGGCUGGGGCUGGAGCGGCUUCGCGGGGAGCGAAACCGGCGCGUCUGGGCGAGCUGCCGCUGGGGGCGCUGCAGGCGAGCGUCGUGCAGCACCUGCUGAGCCGGACGCUGCUGCUAGCUGCGACCGAGGGUGCCGCGGGCGGCACCGGUGGCUCAGGGGACGCGGAAGGUGCCGGCAGCGCGGGGGGACCCCGCACUGCGCUCAGCGACGCCGAACUGGGCCGCUGGGCCGAACUAUUGUCUCCCCUGGACGAGUCCCGCGCCAGCAUCACCUCAGUCACUAGCUUUUCCCCGGAUGACGUGACUUCCCCGCAGGGUGACUGGACCGUGGUAGAGGUGGAGACCUUCCACUGAGCGAGACCCUAGCCCCGCCCACCCGCCCCACCCCUGCCUUAGGAUCCGUCCCUCAGGUUGUACAUCUUUGUCUUAGAUCUCCCUCUCCCCUCUUCCUGGAGUCCGGCUCCCUGUGGAUUGGUCUCAGAGCCCUUAGACCCCUAGAAUUUUGGCCCAGGCUUGCGACCCACCCACACCUUUGGCCAAGGCUCACCCUUGAGCCCCACCCCUUUGGCUUAGGACAAGCUCCCGCUCCCCUCGAGCCUCGUCCCUCCCUCGGCCUAGGCCCUGCCCAGAGUCCAGUGUAUCAUCUACCGCGCGCAGCCCGAGUUU